AUGAAGUUUACCAUCGUUGCUCUUGCCUCUGCUCUUCUCACCGUUGUCUCUGCUCAAGGCACCCCUGGUGUUCUCCAAGUCACUAACCCUGUUCAAAACACCGAAUUCACUGCUGGCAGAGUUGCCAACAUCACCUGGCAAAAGGCCACUGUUGACAAGGUCCAAAUUGAAUUGGCCAAUGGAGACUCCAACAAUCUCAACCAUCUUUAUGUGAUUGCCAAUGACGUUGACGCCAAGUCCGGUACUUACGCCUGGCACAUUCCUGACAACACCACUGCUGGUACUUAUGCUCUCAUCUUUGGUACUUCUCCCAACGUUGCCUACUCUCCUCAAUUCCAGAUUAACGCUGCUGGCUCUGGUGGUGAUGAUCAACAACAAGGUAGUGGCGAUCAACAACAAGGUGGUGGCGACCAACAACAACAAGGUGGAGAAGGCAACACUGAUGAUCAGGUGUAA